AAACCUAUCACCACUCCAUUUCCAUUCACAGCAAGCAGCAGCCGCAGCCGCUUCAUCAUCAGAACAAGGGAUUGCAUACCAGUGAGAGCAAGGAUGAGUCGAGGGGCAGCAGCAGCGGGUACCAAGGGAGGGAAGAAGAAGGGAGCGACGUUCGUGAUUGAUUGCGGGAAGCCGGUGGAGGACAAGAUCAUGGAGAUCGCCACGCUCGAGAAGUUCCUCCAGGAGAGGAUCAAGGUCGGCGGUAAGGCCGGUGCCCUGGGUGAUUCCGUCACCGUCACUCGCGAGAAGAACAAGAUCACCGUCACCUCCGACAGCAAUUUCUCCAAACGGUAUCUUAAGUACUUGACAAAGAAGUACUUGAAGAAGCACAAUGUGAGGGAUUGGCUUCGGGUGAUUGCUUCCAACAAAGACCGAAAUGUUUAUGAACUUCGGUACUUCAACAUUGCGGAGAAUGAAGGCGAAGAUGAAGACUGAAGAUUCGGUUUUUUAUCUUCUAUUAUCUGUUUUCCUUGGGUCUGUUGUGGAGCCCCUCUCAUCUCUUUUGGUUGUUGAACUUACCAACCCAUUAGGGUUGUUUGGUAGUUUGUCUUGGUUAUGCUAUUUCGCAAUUUUGUUUACUGAUUAUGGAUAUCUGCUUUUCUUUAGAGGGGACAUGAUUUAUUUUUCAAGGAUAUGUUCAUGGAA